AUGAAGGAGGGGUGGGAAAACAAUGGGCGGGGUAGGUUUAGGCAACUCCAUUACCAAUGCAAGGAUCCAAGGGUUUGGAACCGGAAAGAGUAUGUUAGAUUGGAACAGGAAUCGUUCACCGUUUUUGUGGACAGGUUACCAGGAGAUAUCUCGAAGCAAGAAUUAUUUCAAAUGUUUUCAUGGACCGGGAGGAUAAAUGACAUUUACCUCUCAAGGAAGACGAGACAAGGUGUGGUGUACUUUUUUGCGUUUAUUAGGUAUACUACAAAGGGAGGAGCGCUGAAAGCAAUCGCAGAAAUGAAUGGAAUAUGCGUAAGAGGGAAGGAGAUUUUUGUGGGGGAGGCUAAGUACAGGAGGGAUGAUCUCUCUAAAGGAAAGGUGGCGGUGGAGAUCGAAGAGGCACGGAGGAGUAAAGUGGUGGUUAUGACUGACCGUGAUAAACCUCAGGAGCACAAUGAGGAUCAUAUGGCUGAAAGGAGGCGUGCAGUUACAAGGGUACAUGAUCAUGGGCUUCUUAACCAGCAUAAAGAUGAAUUGGACAAUGCAAAGAUUCCAAACGAAACAGGAGUAUCGAUGGCAAAGGAAAUACAGGUCUCCGUGGCUAACCCCAAUCUGGACUAG